UUUCUUGCCUUUGAUCCUUAUUCCCCACAUCCACCAAACCAUUCAUAAUGCAAGAAAGAAAGCCAGCAAGCAAGCAAAAGUGAAGGUUCAUUCAUUGCCAAGAUAAGUAUAACCCUCUUUCUUAUCAUCCAUUUUAUUCUUUUCCCUACCACCACAAAGAAGAACUUCUAAUUUCCUUUAGACCUUCAGUGCUCCUUCUUUUUCAUAGAAUAAAGUUAAACCAACAUUAUAGAAAAUAAAGACAUAUACAACAAUGAAUGAAAAUGCAUGCAUUGAAUCCUCAAAGUUUCACAAACUCACAUGAAGAUCCCUCACCCAAUAAUAAUAAUAAAUAAGACUUCAAACUUGAACACUCUUCACUGUUCCAUACAAAGCAAAGAACCACAUUCCCUUCAUCUUCUUCCAAAAUGAAUUCUCUUCUUCCCCUUUCAAUCCUUCUUCUAUGCUUCUUCUUCUUCUUCUUUAUCCAAGCACAAUUCUGCUUCUCCGCUGUUGUCUUCGCUGUCCAAAAACAUCGUCGACAAUCGUUACUCACUGCUGAAACAUCUUGUGACAUCUUCACUGGUAGUUGGGUUCAAGAUGAGUCAUAUCCUUUGUAUUACUUCUCUUCUUGCCCUGUCAUUGAUCCUCAGUUCAACUGUCAACUCUUUGGAAGGCCUGACUCCAACUACCUCCAUUACCGUUGGAAACCCGCCACCUGUGAGCUCCCAAGGUUUGAUGGGAUUGAUUUCUUAACAAGAAUGAGAGGAAAGACUGUGAUGUUUGUUGGUGACUCUCUUGGACGUAAUCAAUGGGAGUCCUUGAUUUGCAUGCUCCAUGCACAAGCAGAGGCUUCUCCAACUCAGUUCAUCAAAGGAGAUCCUCUCUCCAUUUUCAACUUUGUGGAAUAUGAAGUGUCUAUAUCUUUUUACAGAGCUCCAUAUCUUGUUGACAUAGUGAUGUUUCAAGGUAGGAGAAUUCUCCAGCUUGAUGAGAUAUCGGUUAAUGGUGAAGCUUGGAAAGACGCCGAUGUUCUCUUGUUCAACUCCGGGCAUUGGUGGACACACAAAGGUUCUCUUCAAGGAUGGGACUACAUGGGAGAUGAUGGAGUUUAUUAUUUGGACAUGGAUAGGCUUGUUGCCUUUCAAAGAGGGAUGAGCACAUGGGCUAAUUGGGUGGACCUCAACAUUGAUAGGACUAGAACCAGAGUCUUCUUCCAAUCCAUCUCCCCAACUCAUUACAAUCCUACAGAAUGGAAUGAUCCUGUUUCGAAGAACUGUUAUGGUGAGACGGCACCGGUGAACGGUUUUAACUACUCCGGUGUCUACCCUGUCCAAACACGGGUUCUUGAAGGUGUAGUAAAGGCAAUGAGAUAUCCAGCUCACAUUCUUGACAUAACCAGCCUCUCCGAGCUUCGAAAAGAUGGGCAUCCUUCGAUAUACAACGGCGAUUUAAGUCCUGAUCAAAGAGCAAAUCCUGACCAGUCUGCAGAUUGCAGCCAUUGGUGCCUUCCAGGCUUGCCAGACACUUGGAAUCAAUUGUUUUAUACUACAUUAUUGUUUUAGCCUUUCUGUAUUUUUAUUUUUUUAGUCACUUAUUGACUUUGUUGUACUCUCUCUUCAUCAAUUGUUUCAUCCAAUUCAAAGAUAAUUCAAGUAUAUUAAGUAACUCAGCUUUAAUCAA